CUGAGGCCCGUAUCCCAAGCCACCUCAAGCGCCGCCAUGUCCUCCACCUCCUCCUCUCCUAAGGAGGAGACGUACGAGGAGGACCGCGAGUUCGAGAGCCAGGCCAAGCGCCUCAAGACCGAGGAGGGAGAGAUCGUCUACUCGGCAGAGGAGAGCGAGAACCGCCAGGAAGCGAUGCCCCAAGCCGGGAGCGACAGCGACGGUGGCGGCGGCGACGGCGAAGAAGGCGGCGAAGGCGACGGCGGAGAAGGGGGCAGCGGCGGCGGCGAGGAAGGCGACGGCGGGGAGGGCGAGGGCGAGGAGGGUGACGGCGAGGAAGGCGAAGGCCAGGAGGGCGACGGCGAAGAGGGCGACGGCGAGGAGGGCGACGGCGAGGAAGGCGACGGCGAGGAGGACGACGGCGAGGAAGGCGGUAGCGGCGGCGCUCGGAGCGGCCCGCAGCCAACGGAGGGAGGUGGAAGUCAUCAUAAAGUUUCUGUUUCACCUGUGGUCCAUGUUCGAGGACUCUGUGAAUCUGUGGUGGAAGCAGAUCUUGUGGAAGCACUGGAAAAAUUUGGGACAAUAUGCUAUGUGAUGAUGAUGCCAUUUAAACGUCAGGCUUUAGUGGAAUUUGAAAACAUAGAUAGUGCCAAAGAAUGUGUGACGUUUGCUGCAGAUGAACCUGUGUACAUUGCUGGUCAACAGGCUUUCUUCAACUAUUCUACAAGUAAAAGGAUCACUAGGCCAGGAAAUACUGAUGAUCCAUCAGGGGGCAACAAAGUUCUCUUGCUGUCUAUUCAGAAUCCUCUUUAUCCAAUUACGGUGGAUGUUUUAUAUACAGUAUGCAACCCUGUUGGAAAAGUACAACGUAUUGUUAUAUUCAAGAGAAAUGGGAUACAAGCAAUGGUCGAGUUUGAAUCAGUCCUUUGUGCCCAGAAAGCUAAGGCAGCACUCAAUGGAGCUGAUAUAUAUGCUGGAUGUUGCACACUAAAAAUUGAAUAUGCUAGGCCCACCCGUCUAAAUGUUAUUAGGAAUGACAAUGACAGUUGGGACUACACUAAACCUUAUUUGGGAAGACGAGAUAGAGGAAAGGGUCGCCAGAGACAAGCCAUUUUGGGAGAUCAUCCUUCUUCGUUUAGACAUGAUGGCUAUGGAUCACAUGGUCCAUUAUUGCCUUUACCAAGUCGGUACAGAAUGGGCUCUCGAGAUACACCUGAACUUGUUGCAUAUCCAUUACCACAAGCUUCUUCCUCUUACAUGCAUGGAGGAAGUCCCUCUGGUUCAGUUGUAAUGGUUAGUGGAUUACAUCAACUAAAAAUGAAUUGUUCAAGAGUCUUCAACCUAUUCUGUUUGUAUGGAAAUAUUGAAAAGGUAAAAUUUAUGAAGACCAUUCCUGGCACAGCACUCGUGGAAAUGGGUGAUGAAUAUGCUGUAGAAAGAGCUGUUACACACCUUAAUAAUGUCAAGUUAUUUGGGAAAAGACUUAAUGUUUGUGUAUCUAAACAACAUUCAGUUGUUCCAAGUCAAAUAUUUGAGUUGGAGGAUGGCACAAGUAGCUACAAAGAUUUUGCAAUGAGCAAAAAUAAUCGCUUUACAAGUGCUGGACAAGCAUCUAAGAAUAUAAUCCAACCACCCUCAUGUGUCCUGCAUUAUUAUAAUGUUCCAUUGUGUGUCACAGAAGAGACCUUUACAAAGUUGUGUAAUGACCACGAAGUUCUUACAUUCAUCAAGUAUAAAGUGUUUGAUGCAAAAGCUUCUGCCAAAACACUUUCUGGGCUAUUAGAGUGGAAAUGCAAAACUGAUGCCGUAGAAGCUCUUACUGCACUUAAUCACUACCAGAUAAGAGUUCCAAAUGGCUCCAACCCCUAUACACUGAAGCUUUGCUUUUCUACAUCAUCCCAUUUAUAAGAGAAGAGCAUGUUAGAAUUUGAUCAUCUUUAUUACAGUUUUAAAGCUAUACGUAAUUAAAAAUAAUCUGAAAUGGUUAAUCUAAUGUUGCCUUGCUUACUAUAAAAUCCUGUUCUGUAAUAAACAUAUUUUGACUCAAAUACAUUCGUUGUUAACUUAAAUAUUGUUUUCACUUGAGUAUCAUAAUUAAUAUAGACUGUCUACAGCUUCAUUGUAGAUUAUACAAAUAUGAUUUCUAACCUUACUACUAUAAAUUUUGUUCCACAGUAAAAGUAUAUUUGCAUUCUUAAUGCUAAUUAUUUUUCCAUUGUGUAUGAGAGUAAUGCAGGUGAAUGUAUUGCGUUUUAUUACAGAAUUCCUACAAUAUGUUUAAGUAUUUGAGUAUGUUACAGUUAUUCAUAUUAAACAUAAUUUGUAUUUAUUAUUUUAAUCAAAUUUGAGAAUGACAUUCAAGAGCUACAGAUGUAGAUGAGUUCUACUUCUGAAAGGCUUAAUAGACAUGGACGCACUUGUAUGAUAUGCACUCAAAAUUAUUUAAAUUGGUGUUUUUUUUUAAGUCAUUCAUUUGUAUUGACAUUUCUGUUUCUAGUUCCAGUUUGGAGGUUUUAUAAAGUUAUAAUAAUAA